AUGACAGAUAAUUCAAAUAUUCAAUUAGAAUUUGAUAAUAUUAGAUCGAAUCCUCAAUUUCUAAAGGAAACAUACUUUAAAGAUAUAGAAAAGUAUGCUGGAAAACCAAGAAGUCUUAGAAACUAUGUAUCAGAAGCAAUCAACUUGAUGACAGAGGAUCAAAUUGUCCCAGAAGCAAGCUUUUCUAUCAACAAUGCAGGUGAUCGUGUAACUGUAUCUUCACCUCGUUUGGGUAUUGCUCUUGGUUCUACAUUUGCAUCUGAUCUCACUCAAAAGGGUACUCUUACUCUUAGUAAUCCAUUUGGUCAAGGUGGUGAAAUUGGUUGUGAAACUUCAAUCGGUGUUUAUAAAUCUUUACUUGGUGGUGUUUUUUAUAAAGAUAGAUUUCAAAAUAGAAUAGAAUUAUCAAAAAGACAAGAAUCUCCUUCUGAAUAUAAUCAUCAAAUUAGAACAGUUGAAUCAAGUUUAGUAUUGCAACCAAAAAAAAUAGGAAAUCAUUUCUUUACCAUUUAUGCAGGUGAAAGAAGAACGUCGGCAGUUGGACAAGAUAGAGAUGAGGAAUUAAGAAAUCAUACAGGUAUUAGUCAAAAGUUUAGUCUUACCCAUAAAUACUAUUUCAAUAGACAAAGUAUUGAUCGAUCGGUUUGGGGAAGACUAUCUACAGAAAUUGCAACUGGAAAAUCACCUUUUCUUAAAUGUGAAUCACUUCUUCAUUCUGCUGUUGAAUUGUCUCAAGAUUGGAAAUUUGAAACUACCAUUGGACUUGGUGGUAUUUACAACUUUACAAAUGGUCUUACACCUUUUGUCGAUAGAUUCUAUAAUGGACAAUCUUAUCAUUUAAAGGGUUUUAAUUUUAAAGGUUUAGCAACUAGUAAAAACAAAAAAACAUAUUUUGGUGGUGAUUUAUAUCAUACAACAAGUUUUAGUGUAUCAAAAUAUUUAAAUGAAAAAGGAGUACAUUUAUUUGCUUUUUACUCUGUUGGUAACUCAAUUCUCAGUUACAACAAUGUCAAGGAUAAUUUCAAGAAUCUCUUUUCUCCAUCUUUGUAUCGUCAUAGUGUUGGUGCUGGUGUUCGUUGUGAAAUGGGUCCUGGUUUGGUUGAUAUUUAUUUGUCAACCGUUCUCAAGAAACAACCUACCGAUCAAACUCAUACUUGUGGUUUUAAUGUUACUUUGAGACUUUAA